UAUCGCAGUAAAUUGUUAAUUGUUUUCGUCGUAUUGUUUUUGCGGGCUUCCAUUUUUUUAUGGUUAACGUGCUGACGAUUAAAUUUAGCGUUAUAGCAGUUUUAGAAUUCAUCGAAAUUCGACAAAAUUUAUGUGUUACCGCUUAUAAAUAGAUGCACGCCACACACUAGGACACACUUCCACAACGAUGCAAUCCAAAACCAAGUCAAAACGCAGGUUGCGAUGUCGUUAUAAUUUAUCAUAUUUGAAUACGAAGAAUCUUGGCAAAAUAGCGGUUGGCUUUCUGUUGCUCACAUUAAUAAUUACAGCAAGUGGCCAAGAUGAGACAGAGGAAGCAGAGAUACCUGCUGAAGAGGAAAACAAUGCUGAUAACAAUAAACAGGAACCGCCCGAAGGAACGAAUGGUGAUAAAACUGAUAUGGAUACGACUUUUCGUUCUGAUGGGCAUGGCACCAUUCAUGAGAAGCUGGGACAGGCUCACUAUCCUAAUGUUGAAUUAACAGGCUAUCAGUCAAAAGCCAUUUAUACAGUCGAGAAGAAUUACACAACUUGGCCCAUUCAUCCGGCCUACAAUUUUACUCAUUUCAUAUUUGAUACUGUUAUAAGAGGCAAACCGGCCUUACCGCCUGGCUAUCUUGUGGUUAAAAAUGAAAGUACUCUGGCAUUGGGGCCCAAGGUUGAGCAGAAUGAUUGGAGUGCUCUGCUGGCCGAAUACUUUUUGGUAAUCCUAUGGAUUCUCUUAUUGCUCAUUCUCAUAAUUCUAGUACCAUUUCUGGCCGUUUGUUACUGCUGCUUCUGUUGCUGUCGACGUUGCAAGAUCGGUUGUCCGCCAUGCGAUGGUCCAAGGGAUAAGCGCAGAAAUCUUAUAUGCAGUUCAGUCCUGCUGUUCUUAAUUAUUAUUCUGCUACUUGGUCUGCUCAUGGCAUUCUUUGCCACCAGAAUACUGGAUCGUGGAUUUGAUGACACGACCACAACAAUGAAACGUGGCAGCAAGGAUACGUGCACCUUUCUGCAGGAUGUUUCCGAUCAUAUCUAUCAUGUGUUUGUCAACAACUAUCAGGAGCUGGAGGCCCAUUUAACUGAGAUACUGAAUGAGGCAGCUAAUCAUAUAUUCCUGGAUUUGGGAGAUGCCUCGGAAAGUAAUGCCAUAGCAGAGUUAGAACGUAUGUUGGAUAAUAUGAAAGAGGCACGGACUUUAAUGAAGCAGGUGGAGGAAAUGGAAAAGGAAUUGCGUUUCAAUGCAGCUCAGCUGCGAGAUGGUGUGCGUGGCAUUAAGCGAGAUGUGACAUAUACGUGCACCAUUUUGAUAGCCAAUCACGAAUGUACUCAUUUACUUAAAACGUCUGCGCUGCAAUUCGUAGAUACCUCAACUUGCCUGCAUCUGGAUAAGUUGCCCGACUCCAGUUUAUAUGUGGAAGGUAUGGAGAAGAUCAUGAAAGACAACGUUGCCGAUAUACCAAAGAGAGCGCUAAUGCGCUUCAAGGAGAUUGGCGAUAAGAUUGCAGUUGCAAUGGAUACGGUUUUGCCACCAUUGCGAAUGGAUAUUGGUAAAGGUCUUGACAUCUUCCAGGCACAGGCGUCAAAGGUGCGCAGUCUAAUUGACAGAGUGAUCAGUGAUAUACACUGGAGGACCAUGCACUCGACCAAAUCCUUUGAAGAUAUUCAGGAUAAAUAUGGAACUGAUCGCAACCUUAUCAGCAUGCUCGCCUGUCUACUUAUCCUGCUGAUUUUAGUUGUACUCAUUGCCGCUCUGAUAUUCGGUUGCUUCCUUAACAAAGGCACUGGAGCCCAUUGUUUGUUGUUAGCCAUCAUGUUGAUAUUUGCAGUAUUCUCGUUUAUUUUGCUGAUCUCAAUAUUCUACUUUGUGAUCGGUCUGAUCAGCUAUCAGGGUGCAUGUGCUCCACUUCGGGAUCAGGGCAAGAAUGCCUUGUUCCGCCAGAUGGAUUCGGAAAUGGAUCUUAAUAAAUUUUUACCCGCAUCGGGGGCCGAAAAAGAUCCACAAUAUUCGCCAAUGCGUAUGUCAAGCGCGAUCAAGGCUUGCAUGGAGAAUCAGUCAAUCUUUGAAUUGCUCCAGACAAAUAAGCUAUAUGAUACUGAGGAUCUGAUGAGCAUUAAGAUAAUGCCCGAGGGUGAUGAAGAUGAGUCUCGCAGUCUAGUAUUUGAAGAUGAUCUCUCCAAGGUGUCUCUACUCACAGAAGCGGAAGGUCGCACUCUUCAUGAAUUGCGCAAUGGAAACUUAUCGGGCUAUCAUAGCAUUAUGUAUCUGGAGAAUAUGUGCAAGCAGCUUACCCCCAAUUUGCCAAGCCUGGCUGCGGAGCUGAGAAAUCUCAGCAAUUACAUUUAUACGUCUGACGAUACGUGGAAUGAUUAUACUCGAGUCGGCCGAGUCUCUUUGAAAAAUGAAGCAAUGCAAUUGUAUCUGUACGAUAAGAAGUAUACGGGUGUCAUAUUGAAUCUGAUGGAUAAGAUGAAGGCGAAGCUGCUUAGAAUUGAUGAGUUGAUCGUGUAUGAGAAUCGCAAUUUCAGCAAUUCCGUUGAAGUGCUUGUCAAUGCGAUAAUUCGCUCAGAGCGAUUCCUAAGAAGUCAAGGCAAUCACUUUAUCAAUUCUCUUGGACAAAAUCUGACAGAUGUGAUCAACGAACAGAUAGAUACAUUCAUUCAGCGUGUGAUUCAUGAGUGCAACACUAACAUCGGACGCUGCAGUCCCCUGGCCUAUAUUUAUUAUCGUGGCGUGGAUCUUAUCUGUUAUCGUCUGGUCGAUCCUCUGAAUGCUUUCUGGUUGGGCUUACUCAUCUGCGCCCUGACCAUGAUUCCUAUAUUCUUUGUUGCCCAUCGUUUAAUGUGCCUCUGGAAGCGUCUACACGCCUAUAGAGUUAUGACUCCAGAGCGUCAAGAGGUUAUAGAAGGAGGCUGUCCGACCUGUACUGGAGCACCGUAUGUGCCACCGCCAAUCAUCACCUGCACUGGCGGCCAACAGACUUUCUGCGUCUGCUCCGAAGGGAAACUGAAUCGAACUGAUGGCGGCGCUGCUCCUAGCACAACUACCGUCCAUGUAGAUAGCCAUGAAAUUGCAGAUAAUGAUAUUGAUGUGGUGCAGGCAACAUCCAUUGACAUUUUAAGUGUUCCUGCUCAAUCGCAAGAAGAUGAAAGUGCAUCAGGUAUGCAGCCAAAUCCCCCGAAGAAGAGUAAGAGUAAAGAGGAUUAGGCUGCACUAAGCCGAAGCUGGGUAACAUUGGAGUGUCCCUACAAGAGCUCCAGAUACAAAUUAACAUAUGCAUUUUACAGCACUUUUUAGUAGUAAUAUUUAAAUGUUGUAUAUAAAAAAUGUUUAAAAUGAAA